UACACCGCUAAGGACAAAUUCUUGUGCUACAGUUAACAGCAGCGACUAAACGACCCACUGUUAUACAACACUGACAACAGUCUGAGUAAGCAGUAAACAACACCGCCUGCCCGCGAUGCUGGAGCUGAGGGUGGUGGCGGGCACGCUGGGCCGCCCUCUCCUUCGCGGGGCGCAGCGGCUGCCGUCUGGACCCUCAGGCCGGGACAUUCACUGGGGCCUAGAGGGCCCCAACAGAGCCUCGGUCUUGACUGGACACAGAGGCCGCGGGCGGGGAGAGGAAGGGCGGGGAGCGCGGGCGGCUCACAGGCGGGCUGCGGAACCCGCCGGUGCGGAUCUGUCACCACGAGAGGAGCACCGGCUGUCGUAUCUCUACGAUGGCUUGGUGAGCGGGCAGCGCGCGUGCCUGGCGGAGGCCAUCACCCUCACCGAGUCCACGCUCCCGCGCCACCGCCAACUCGCCGGGCAGCUGCUGGGGCGGUUGCUUCACCGCCAGAGGGAAAGGGAAGGGAGUACAGAGGGGCGGCCCGAGACCUUCCGCAUAGGACUGUCAGGGCCUCCCGGAGCCGGGAAGUCGACGUUUAUCGAGGCCCUGGGGACGAUGCUGACGACGCGAGGAGAGAAGUUGGCCGUGCUUGCUGUGGAUCCCUCCUCCAGCACCUCUGGAGGCUCGCUGCUGGGCGACAAGACGCGCAUGCCCCUGCUGUCACGUGACAUGCGCGCGUACGUGCGCCCAUCACCCAGCAGCGGGACGCUGGGCGGCGUCACGCGAACCACCAACGAGGCGAUCGUCGUGUGCGAGGCGGCCGGCUACAGCACCGUGCUCGUGGAGACUGUGGGUGUGGGGCAGUCGGAGUUCGCCGUAGCUGACAUGGUGGACAUGUUCCUGCUGCUCAUCCCUCCCGGAGCUGGCGAUGAACUCCAGGGCAUCAAGCGCGGCAUCGUCGAGGUGGCGGACGCGGUGGUGGUGACGAAGGGAGACGGUGACCUCCUGCCGCAGGCGAGGCACAUUCAGGCGGAGUACACCAGCGCUCUGAAGUUCAUGCGCCAGCGCUUGCCCACGUGGAAGCCUCGGGUACUGCGCGUCUCCGCGCAGACGGGCCAGGGUGUGCCGGAGCUGUGGGACGUGGCUCUGGAAUUCCGUGAAAUUGGACUGUCGUCAGGCUCCCUGCAGGCACGGCGGCGUGCCCAGCGCACCUCCUGGAUGCGCUCCCUCAUCCGCGACGGCGUCCUGGAACUCUUCCUCGCUCACCCAGUCGUGCGCGCCCGUGCCACCCAGCUGGAAACCCGCGUUGCCGAGGGGCUGCUGGCACCCGGGGCGGCGGCCGAUGCCUUGCUGGCAGCCUUCACGGAGGAUGUGGCCAAGGAGCGGUGAUAGCGGUGUAUGGUCCAUCACCCAGUCACCCCAUUUUGUUGUUCGCAUGAUUGUCGAAUGAUUGUGGUGUGAUUAUCUCCUGAUCGCUGCUUGAUCAUUGCCUAAUUGUUGCGCAACUUUCCUUCGACUUUUUCCAGAUCAACGCACGAUUGCGGUGCAGUCGUUCAUUUUUUUCUCAUCAUCUCCUGAUUCCUGCCCCAUCAUUGAUUGAUUUGACUCAAACGUUGCACGAUUGUUGCGCGAUCGACGUCUGAUUGUUGCCCGACGGUUGCCCGAUCAAUGCCGGAUUAUUGUCCGAUCGUUACACAAAUUUUACCUGGACACCGCAUGAGUUUUCUCAGGCAGGAGCCGACUUUCUCAGGAUUUGUGUUUCUGCCUGUGGUGGAAGCCUUUGACUUCUGAUGAGCGAGGGGGUUAACGCGCACCGCGCACGAGUGUUGGCGCUGUGGCUGUGCGCGAAGUUAAAUGAAUGGGAAUUGAAUGCCGCGGUGAUAAUUAAAGUUGCACCCCGCUGAACUCGACUGUGCCAAGGUGUGCAGUGGGGAUGCUGUCAAUUGGGGUUUACUUUUGCCAAAGGCGUUCUAUUAUACGUUCAUGUAAAUUUUAAUAAAUGUGUUCGUGGUGGUUAUACAUAUAUUUAGGGGCCAUACAUAUGUUGUGUGAAUAUUAUCACUUAUUACAAGCGGUUUAAUUAUCUAAACAUGAGCCACAUGUUUACUAUUUGCAUAUAAAUGAAAACAUUAAUUUAUAAUCAUUGAGGCUACAGCCAAGAAGAGAUUUGUUACAAUGUAAGAUAUUUAUUUUUUAAAUGUGAUUAAAAGUGAUUGACGGCUGCCGAAUAGAAACAUUUGGACUCGAGACAACAAGAUAUAUUAAUCUUUGAAUUGCUUAAAAAUGGCUUUUUGCAACGAACUGUUUGGGCUCGAGCACAUUGACAUUUAAAAAAAAACUUGAAUAAUUUCUAUACUGGCUCCAUGAAUACUGAAGUAAUAAAAACAUAAACAU